AUGGCUAUGCAUAAUUCCUCUCCUACUAACAAUCAAAAUGAUGAUAAUGCAACUAUUGUAAAUUCUUUAUUUUCGUCUGAUUAUAAUUAUACAUCAAUAAAUGCUGGUAUACCUAUUCGAACUACGAAUUAUAAUCGUGAUAAUUUUUUUGUUAAAAAUGAUUUAAAAGAAAUAAUUCAACAACUUGAACAAAUUUUAAAUUAUUAUCGACAAGAACUUAAACAAGAAUCUAAUGCACAAUUCAAUUGUAAUCGUAAUUUAAUAACACGUCUUAUUGAUUUUAUUCGACCAGUAUAUUCUUUAAAUCCAAAAAAAUUGAAAGAUUUAGAUAUAUUAUUUAAUGAUAUAUCAGAUUUACAUGAUAAGAGAUUUAAUGAACAAAAAGAAAAAAAUGAACAAUUCCAAAAGGAAAUUUCACAUUUGAAAAAAUUGAUGAUAACAUCAGAUAAUGAAGAUAAUACUAAUAGAAAAAAUUUUCGAAUAAAUUCAAUAGUUGAUUAUGAAGAAUGGAUAGAAAUAGAAGAAGAAACAAGAAAACUUCAUAAUUUAGUUAAAAAUCAACAAAAUCAAAUCAAUGAACUUUUCAAACUUUUGUCACACGAAGAAACUAGUCCAUUCCAUACUUCUUCAAUUAUAAAAAUCAUUCCUCCUGAUGAACCUCUAGUUAUUGAACAAAAAUUGACUGAUUUUGAUCUUGAUGGUGAUGAUAGUCCACCUGUGACUAGAGUUCGAACUCGUACUGAUCAACAACUAUAUCCAGGUACGAAUAUAUUACAAAAACCAACCGGUGAAUUUCACUUACCUAAUACAUUAUCCUGUCAUUCAUUGAAUGAUAUCCUUACAGAAACAUUUUUAGAUGGAUUAAAUAAUGAAAUACAAUAUCAAGAACCACCCACAGUUACUACUAAUGAAUUGCCAUCAGUCUCUCGUCAACUUUCACAUAGUAACAAAAAACUUUGUCCUAUAUGCAAUUAUGAAUUCCUUAAUACAGUUAAUGAACUUGAAAUCUAUACUCAUGUCGAAACAUGUUUAAUUUCAGCGAGUAUGGAAGAUCUUGGUCCUUUUACUGGACCAAAACAAUUUGAAUGUCCAAUAUGUAAUCAACAAUUUUCAGGCAGUGAUGAUAAAACAUAUCGUGAACAUUUAUCAAAUUGUUAUAGAGACGAAUCUGACGGUGAUAUUUAA